CUAAUCGACGUCAGUUCAGAGAGCUCGCUGUCCAUCAUCAUACCUUGGACUGCAUCUGCCCAGCGACCAUUCUGCGCCUCUUAGACUCUACCAGGCAGGGAUUCGGAUCGUUCUGCGGUCGAACUUUGUCCUGUGUUACUCGGCCGAGCGCUCCAUUGCCUUCACAACUGCCGCGCCGAUAUCUGAGUCAGUCUCAGAAUUCAACCAUGGGCAAGGAACGAGUAGCCAUCAUCGGAUCUGGCAACUGGGGUUCUGCCAUUGCUCGUAUAGCUGGACAGAAUGCCAAGAUACAUGCCGAUGUUUUCGAAGAGCGAGUACCGAUUUGGGUCUUUGAGGAGCAGGUAGACGGAAAGAAGCUUACGGAAAUCAUCAACACGACGCAUGUUAAUGCCAAAUAUCUGCCUGGAAUCAAAUUGCCAGAGAAUGUGGUCGCUGUACCGGACGUCAUCGAAUCCGUCAAGGAUGCCACAGCCUUGGUAUUCGUCCUUCCCCACCAGUUCCUCGGCGGCGUCCUGCAGUCGUUAGAAGGCAAGAUUGAGAAAGGAGUCAAAGCUAUCUCACUCAUCAAGGGCGUCGAUGUCGAAGGAUCCGAUAUUCACAUUUACGCCGAUGUCAUCGAAAAGCGUUUAGGCGUCUCGUGCUCAGCACUCAGUGGCGCGAACAUUGCAGACGAAGUGGCCAUUGACAAGUUUUCAGAGACGACCGUAGGGUACAGGAAAAAGGAGGAGGGUGAAUUGUGGCAGAGGCUGUUUGCCACUCCCAAUUUCAGAGUCAACAUUGUCGCAGAUGUCGCUGGUGUGUCGCUGUGCGGGGCGCUGAAGAACAUUGUUGCCGUCGCUGCUGGCCUGGUCGAUGGGCUCGAAUAUGGAAACAACUCAAAGGCUGCCAUUAUGCGGAUCGGUCUCAUAGAAAUGAAAAACUUUUGCUUGGAGUUCUUUGACGAUGUCAAGGUGGAAACGUUUCUGGAAGAGAGUGCAGGCGUAGCAGAUCUAAUCACCUCCUGUCUCGGAGGAAGAAAUCGCAAGACUGCAGAAGCGUUUGUCAAGACGAAGAAGCCCUUUGAUCAGUUAGAAAAGGAGAUGCUGAACGGGCAAAAGCUACAAGGUAUUCAUACGGCCAAAGAUGUGCACAACUUUUUGCACUCACGAAACCGGAUCGAGGGUUAUCCCCUAUUCGAGACGAUCUAUCAGAUUUGCUGGCACGACACGCCCGUAGACAAGCUGACUGCGAGACUCUGAACGGGGCCAGGUGGACAAGGGAUUUGAAUGCCAGUAUAGAUGAACGGUAGCAUAGACCAGGAUCGCACAGUGGACAUUGAUACCUUGCAUAAGAC